AUGGAUAAGAAAUCACGAGUAAUUAUCGACUUGAAUAAAAUAUUAAAUGACAAUGAUUUUACUGAAAUAAAACAAAUGGAAAAUGAAUUUAAAUUGAAUGGUUGGUGUUUUGUCUAUUUACCAAAAGAACUCAUUCCAGAUCCAAAAUUGCUCAAAGAAAUGACACUUUUUUUUCGUUUGGAUACUGGAAAGGAUCGAUGUUCAUCGAUGUCAGGAAUAUAUGGUUAUUCGAAAGUGAGUCAUAAAGAAGGAAUUAAACUAUUGACGGGACGUUAUUAUAGUAAAUUUGCACAUAAAAGAUUAAUACCAUAUGCAAUGGUUCAUCCAUUAAACUAUCUUUGUCAAGUAUUAGAUGCAAUAACAAAACGUUUAAUUGAAAUUCUUGAUCAAAAUUUAAUAUUUCAAGAGAAACCAUCAUUAUCAAAUCUUAUUGAACGUGCUGAUCUACCGUUGGCGGAUGGGCAUUUUGGUAUGCUUGAUAUUGUAUCUUAUUUUAAUACUAAUCGAGGUAUUCAACCACCACCAUCAAAUGGACAAACAAUUGAAGAAGUCAAUUGUGUUCCACAUUAUGAUCCUGGAUUACUUUCAAUUAGUAUAUUAUCAACACAUGAAGGACUACAAUUAAAAGAUAUGACAAAUAAUGAAUGGAUAGAUGGACCAUUAGAAUCAAAUAUUGGUGUCAUUUGGUUAGGAGAAGCAGCAUCUCGAAUAACAGGAAAUCGAUUAAAACCAGGUAUUCAUCGAGUUAUUUAUCCUCAAGAAAUAAAACCUCGACUGACAAUUUGGUAUGAAUUAUGUACAAUUGAACAAUUAAAAGCUAUUAGUGGCGAGAAGGAAGAUGAACCAAUGGAUCCUGGAGAGGUCAUAUUUGAGAAUCUUCCUGAUUCACUUCCAUUAACUAUUUUACCUGGUGAGAAAAAACUGGCAUUUUUAAAACGAGUUGAAAUGUCGUAUGGAUUAGCAAGUAGCAAAGCUGGUCCACCGAUUUAUAAAUUUGACAAACAUACUAUUACAUAUCCAAUGACCAAUAAAAAAUUCUAA